AUGGCAGCUGCCGUGGCGGUACCUCAACCCACACAUGCCAUGCAGCCUUUUACAAGGCCAAUCCGGUUUGUGGCAAACGAUGGACAACCGCAUGCUAAAAGAAGAAGAAUUAGUGCCGCCUGUAAGACUUGCCGCAAAAGGAAAACUCGCUGUAGCGGCGAGAAACCUGCCUGCGAUACAUGCCGUCAGAACGGCCACUCGUGCCUGGGAUAUUCUGAUCCCGCCCCGUCAACGCCAUCGCAUAGUCCGCAGCAGGAGCAGCAACAGCGGCAACAGGACAAUCAUCAAGUCCCUGCUAAAUCAGCCUCCACCCCUGCAGCUACCACUCCUACGGAUGAGCCGACAGUAAAAGAACAUUUCUAUCUAACAUCUCCCAGUAUAUCCCCCAAAGAUCGGAGAAUCUUACAAGGGACCGAUUCGGCUUCGCGGCCUUGUGAUCUGCCGAGUAACCAGCAUGAACAACGUGGCAAAAAUGUUCCGCCAUCCAGGAGGCAGUCGCAGAAGCGAAAGUCCAUUGAUCAUCAGGACAAAAAUGACAAAGGAAAUGUCUGGAUGAACGAUGGAAGAGGCGAUGGACAAAGUAGGUGUGGAAUGACAGACGGGGGGCCUAGUCCGGAUUUGCGAUAUCGAACGCCUCCAGCUACACAGCAUCCGCCUAAUCGUCAUCCUCAUCGAAUACCGUAUUUCCGAUAUUUUGGACCCACGGCCAUCGUCCCCGGUUAUAAACAAAUGGUCGUAGAGGUCAAGGAUCAAUCGAGUUGGGCCCGUCGCGCGAGCCAUUCAAUGACUGCAAGCUCAUCCAGCACUUCUCCCACAUCAAAAUUCACAAAUUAUGAUAGUUCGCCAACGCCCACAGUUUCUUCCGUAGUACCAGAAAAUAUUCCGUUUUACGAUCCUAACGAUUCCACAACAAACAACCCGCUCAUAGCCCAUUUGGUUGAAACAUUCUUUGUAAACCUUGGCUGUAACUUUCCGUUUCUGAAUCGAGAAACGUUCACAAGGGAUGUUAGGGAUAAACGUGUCGAUGUCAUACUAGUUGAUGCGGUGUGCGCAGUUACAGCAAGAUUCUCCACCAACUCGUUAUUACAGGCUACAUUGCAGGGGGGAGGUGGAAAGCGUACCAGUGAAACCCAAAUGUCCGAGUACGGCACGGCCUUUGCAAACAGAGCAAAACGUCAAGUGGUUGAUACGUUUGCUUGUCCUAAACUUUCGACUGUGCAGGCUUGUAUUCUGUUGGCAUACGUGGAGUUUGGGAGCAACCGUGAUAGCGGAUUGUGGAUGUUCUUGGGGUUAGCUAUCAGAAUGGCGCAGGAUCUGGGCCUACAUAAGCUUGAAGGGGUGAGAGGGGAUGCAAAAGGUCGGGAGGAGGAGGAAAUGAGAAUGAGGAGUCGAAGCACUGGUAGUGAGGAGGAAAAUCAAGGUGAUAGGAUGGGCUACGACGUGCAGAGGAAUGAGGAAGAAGCGAGAAUUCAGGAGCAAGAGAGGACGGACACUUUCUGGGCCGUUUUUUUUCUGGAUCGGGUCAUAUCAUCGGGCACAGGCCGGCCGGUAACAAUACGCGCCGAAGAGGUUGAGAUCGAUUUUCCCAAAGGAGAGACCAGUUCGGCGUUCCCCCCGCCCUUUCCCGCCUUGAUUAGGAUUGUUCAUCUUUAUGGUCGAAUCACGGAUUUGCUGAAUAGUAUAAACGACAAGCACAAGAUAGUCGAGGAUACAUUCGCUCGUCUCUCUGAGAUGGAGGCGGAGCUAACAGAAAUUUAUCAGCGGCUCUCACCGAACCUUCAUUUUAACGUCACAAAUUUUCGACAAUACAGUUCAACAAAUCAAGGAUCUGUAUUCUUACUCUUGCAUAUUUGGUUCCACGCUUUGAUAGUGUUGCUCCAUCGUCCAACUCUCCUGAUCGCGUUUGAAGGUAGAGUGCAAGAGCUAUUUCUUAACAGUCGCGAACUUUCAAUGUCUUCGGCGAAGACUAUCUCAGACAUAUUAUGGUUUGCAGAAACGAUCGACCCGAGAGCUGUGAAUGGAAAUCCAUUCAGCAGUCAGCCCAUCUACAUUGCUGCAUGUGCCUUUUUGCAGGAGAGAUUGGCACAUUCCUCCUCUAACCCUGUUUCGAGAACGCCUUCGCCGGCUCCCUCAAAAUUGUCAAACAGAUUCGAUUCUUUCGGUUUGGCACCUGCUUCAAUUUGUAGAAAUACAGCUGAAGGUUUGGUUUCACCCGUCAGCAAUAGCGGCACUACUGCCAUGGGAUGCGAAAGUGAUCUACCUCCGGACUCCAAAAACAAGAGCAACAUGGAAGGGGUCCAGAAGAAGCAUGCGCUAUUAGCACAAGCUGCGCACGGGAAUUAUCAAAAGUGCUAUAAGGCAUUGAAGGGGUUGGAAGUGUAUUGGGAAGGCGUUAGGUAUAUUCUGACAGUCCUUGACCAAAAGACUAAAGGGAUUGUCGAUCCGCUUCUAUAUACGAAGGAAGAAAUGGAAGGCGUCGAAGUUCCUCGUUUGACCCCGGGAACCUUGGGGCGAUUCCGUGGCCUCACUCCUGGAGAUUUGAGGGAUUCAGGCCCUACAUUCGUCAAGAUUGAAGAGGGCACCCAAAUACCCCUAGCUGGUAGCUUGCAUGGUGGUGGUAGCCGUGUUGCCGAGCCAAUGCCAUCACCUUUUGGAAGCAAUUUUCAUGGUGAUUCCAAUCAAUCAAUUGAACUCCUGACCGCAACUGGUACAUCAAACUCGCCAAAUAUGCAUUUGACCUGGCUUGUCACCAAUAACGAUCUCCAUAACUAUCAGCAAAACCACUUUGUUGCACCAUCUACGCAUCAAGGGUCGAUGAUACACAACGACAGGAAUGAAAUGCAAUCCUCUAUGCAUCCAUCCUCACACACCAAUCACCAACAUGGAACCCCAACCCCAACGGUUUCCCCGGCGUCCAAAUGUCCACUUGUGGGGUCAACACCAGCCUCGGAUGCUCAGAUGCUACUUGGACUUAGUGCAGGCUCAAAGGCAGAUUAUGGACAGCACCACCAUGAAAAUGUGCAGGGAAUGGAUAUAAUGACAAUGGGGGGCUAUACUGAUGGACACUAUCAAACUAGUGGAGGUCAAGCAAAUUUUGAGUAUGAAAUGAUGAGUGAAAAUUUCAACUUGAACAACAUUAGUUGGAAUCUCAAUUGUUUGGAAUAUAUGCCGGCUCCUUGCUGGGCUGACCCAAACUUCCCAACUCCAUCAGAAUAG